ACAAUUCAAAAAUAGAAAUAAAUUUAAAUUUUUUAGUCAACUGAAUUUUUUUUUUUUUCGAAAUGCUCCAACGUAUCCCCAAACAUGCUAGGAACCUCCGCAAUAGGUCUGCGACGCGUCGUGCAAGGGCGAACCGAGCUCGAAUGCAAAACAACAUGUCCGGACAUUCAAAUCGACGGGGGACUAGCUAUCGCAGAUUCCGGCCUUUGGGGUCUGGAAGAUGUAUUCUUGUUAGACGUCAGCAUAGGAACUCAACUGGUAUUCAACACCGGGCAAUUUCCCGAAGAAGGAAUUUUAGACGUAGGACCCGGAACCAAGCUCCUGUGCCAUCCGUGAAUCAAUCCAAUCCAUCAAUACAGACAGGGCAAUGUACCCUAUACAUACCAACCAAUCAACCAGAUUGUACUUUAGACGACUUGCUAGCAAAUGUAAUUAGAGAUAUAUCGACGGAACUGUUGGCCAUAAGGAGGGUAGAAACCCCAUCUGGUUACGAUCUGGAAUUUUAUAUAUUGGAUAAAAAUCAGGAGGUUCAAGGUGAAGUUAACGACAAUGAUCCUAAUAUUGGCCAAGAAGUUCAGGAAGCUCAGAAUAAUAAUCCCAAUAUCGAUCAAGAAGUUCAGGGUAGUAGUCCUAAUAUGAGCCAAGAAGAUCAGGAAGGUCAGGAUAACAAUCCUAAUACGGGUCAAGAAGUUCAGGAUAAUAGUUCUAAUAUAAGCCAAGACGUUCAGGAAGGUCAGGAUAACAAUUCUAAUACGGAUCAAGAAGUUCAGGAUAAUAGUCCUAAUAUAAGCCAAGAUGUUCAGGAAGGUCAGGAUAUAUAUUCAAUCAUGGGACAAGAUGUUCAGAAAAAUAAUGAAAAUGGAAAUGAUCAAAAUUAA